CUGCCCCUCUCCUCUCAAAGGGAUGCAGGCAAGUGACGCAGGAUAGACGGAAAAACUGCGCUGAACCUCGAUGCAAGGAUUGGAUAGGGGGAUGAUGGAAUAAGACCAUUUCUGCACACCCAGUUCUAAGUCACGAACCUCGGUUACCUAGAAAUAAGACCGAAGCACGGCCUGUCUGGUUAGAGGACGCGAGGUUUACCUGUCAUCAAUUUUUUGCUGCCACCUACUAAUAUUUUGAUGGAUGCUGCUAGAAUUUAGAAAUGUGUCUGAGGUAGGCUACGUAAAGCUUAUAUUUUUGUCUUAACUGUUCUCAACGUACUCGGUAAGUUAUCCUCCUCGGUCCAAUUGAACAGCUCUAAAACUUGAAGGUGAUAGGCUACAGGCCAAUCCAUUGGUAGGUGGAAAUUAAAAUUAUUUAAUGGAGACAGAUUAUCUAUUUUGACGAACUAAGGCGUUUGUGCUACGUCAGAUCUGCUACAUUUUCCAUAGUUCCGUUCUAUUCAAAUGGAAAAAUAGCGUUAUUGAGUAGUAGGCUAAUUCAUCCAUUUUGAAUUGCCAUCAAAAGGAAGGAUUUACCAAGGCUGCACCUUUUCGUAGCCUUUUUUGAUCUUCAACAUGAAUUACCUGCGUCGCCGGCUGUCGGACAGCAAUUUUAUGUCCAAUUUGCCCAAUGGGUAUAUGACGGACCUACAACGUCCUGAUCCUCCCCAGCAAGACCCAGCAUUAAUGUCGCCUGGACCACCAGAGAGGCGUCCGUCUGUCAGCCAGCAGUCUGAUAGUACUGGCAGCGGAGCGGGAGUUGGCUUCUUAUCCUCCUUAUCGAAGGCUGUCAAACAAACCACUGCCGCGGUUGCUGAGAAAGUCACUGAGGUAGCAGACAAAGCAGGCGUUGCCUCUGGUGCCAAGAUACUUCUGGUUAUUGAUGAUCAACAGACCGACUGGGUAAAGGUCUUCAAAGGUAAAAAGGUUCAUGGUGAAUUCGACAUUAAAGUUGAACAGGCUGACUUCUCUGAAAUCAACCUGAUAGCUCAUGCUAUGGGGGCUUAUAGUGUUGAUAUUGAAGCAAUCCGGAAUGGAACCAAGGUCACCAAGUGUUUCAGGCCAGAUUUCGUCCUGGUUAGGCAGCAUGCCUUCAGUAUGGCCAAGAAUGGGGACCACCGGCACGUAGUGAUUGGGUUGCAGUAUGCUGGUCUCCCAGGUGUAAAUUCUCUGCACUCUGUCUACAACUUCUGUGACAAACCAUGGGUGUUUGCUAAUUUGGUGAGAUUGUACAAGCAACUGGGACCAGAGGAAUUCCCACUGAUUGAGCAGGUUUACUAUCCCAACCACAGGGAAAUGAUUACCACUCCUGGUUUCCCUGUGGUGGUGAAAAUGGGACACGCCCACUCAGGGAUGGGGAAGGUGAAAGUGGACAAUCAGUAUGACUUCCAAGAUAUUGCCAGUGUUGUUGCCCUGACCAAGACCUAUGCCACAUCUGAACCUUUCAUCGAUGCAAAAUAUGAUGUCCGCAUUCAGAAGAUAGGGGACAAUUACAAGGCAUACAUGCGGACAUCAAUUUCAGGGAACUGGAAAACUAACACAGGCUCAGCCAUGCUGGAGCAGAUAGCCAUGUCAGACAGGUAUAAGAUGUGGGUGGACUCCUGCGCUGAGGUGUUUGGGGGUUUGGAUAUGUGCGCUGUGGAGGCUCUUCAUGGAAAAGAUGGCAAGGAUUACAUUAUAGAGGUGGUGGGCUGCUCUAUGCCCCUGAUUGGAGAUCAGCAGGAUGAAGACCGUGCUCAAAUUGCAGACCUGGUCAUCUCCAAAAUGAAUCAGACAGUUCCCCGAACCACAAAUCCCUCUCCUGUUCGGUACCCUGCUGCACAGAAAGCUUCAUCCCCUCAGCCAAUCUCCCAAGCCAAAGUGCCACAUGCUCAACAGCGCCCUCCUCCGCAAGGUGGCCCACAACAGGUCCCCACUGGCACUACUCCCCCUCGCCAAGGCUCCCCCUCCCAGCAGCGCCCCUCUCCUCAAGGCCAGCCUCCUGCACAGUCCCAGCCCCCUGCCCCCAGCCCCAACACCCAGAACCCCCCUGCUCAGGCACAACAGCAGGUCAGACAGGCCAACGCAGGAACUGGGGCACAGCAGCGUCCUCCAGGGCAGGGCCAGAAACCCCCAUCUUCUCAGGGCUCUCCCCAGAGAUCCAUGAGCCAGGGGGCUUCUCCUCAGAGCCAGAGGCCACAACAGGCAGGUCCACAGCAGCAGCAGAGACCUCCCCCAGGAGGACCAGGACAGAAGUCCGCAGGGAGCCAGCCCCAGCAUAGGUCCCAGCAGAAGCCAGCGCAGCCUGCCAGGCAGCAGUCCCAGGGAGGAGGCCCCCAGGCCCCUCAGCAGCAGAGGGCUCCAGUACAGCAAGUUCGCUCAGGGGCCCCUACCACACAGCAGCCCCGCCCUAGCGCCCAAGGCCAGGGGGGCCCUGGAGGAAAACCACCUCUGCAGCAGAAGCCUCAGCCCCCACAGAAGCCCACCCAAGAUCCCCCUGCUAUGGGAGCCAUCCCUCCAUUGAACAAAUCCCAGUCUCUUACCAAUACCUUCAACAUUCCAGAAACCCCAGCGCCGCGGGCCAGCCUUAGCCAGGACGAGGUGAAGGCUGAGACCAUACGCAACCUGCGCAAAUCUUUUGCUAGUCUCUUCUCAGACUGAGAGAUGGAGUUAGCGCCCCUUCCCCGCUGACAGAAAGGCAGACAGACUGAAAGACAGACCGUACCACUCGACCAACGCACAAAGGACCAACAGGAACAAAACCUCCCUGUCAUGGACAUUGAUGUACCCAAAUGUGAUAAUGGAUCCACUGCCUGUACAUAGACACACACAGAAUAUAAUGCAGCAAGGUUUGUAGGUGUCAGUCUAAUACAUUCCCAGUCACCUUAAAUUCGAAAUAAUUCCUACACACACAUGCACACAUUUGUGUUUUUAUUAUUGUGGGGACCUAAAACCCAGAAAUCCUAGCCCUAACCCUAAACCCUCAAUAACCUUACUCUUAUGCCUAAACCAGCGCUUACAUUUUACCCGAACUGGACAUCUAACUGUAUUGCUUAAACUUAAAAGUAAUCCCAGUUCUAACACUAACCACAUUUUACUUUUGUCCCUAAACUUUACCCCUAAGCCAGAAAUAUUUAUUUUCAUAGUCAAAACAUUUUUGGGGGAUAGAUAUGCCCGGUUUUACUGUCUAUGUGGAGACUUUGGGUCUCCACAUGUACACAUAGAGAGAUGGACCACACACACUUACUGUUACACGUGUUAACAUUUCAGAAAAAAUAUGGGUGAAGUGUCUCACUCCAUCGCUUAUCAGUCCCUAUAUAAAUUGUGCUAUUCAAUAGGACAUUACAUUUCAGAAGAGGUUUUAUGUUACUACAGUGUUUAUACGUACUUGGAAAUAUCUACUUGUUCACUCUUUUGAAAACACAAUACUAUAAACAAUGCAACAAUAAUCUUAAUAAAAGUUUUUAGUUGUGGCUGUAAAAUCAUAGUGACACAGUUGACAAAAUUUGGUUGCUGGUUCAAAGGAACCAUCCCUAAAUGAUAACGUCACAUUGUUGUUCACACUACUGUAGGUCAGUUCAGUCCCUGUAAACAAACAUUUGUUGUUAGAACUUCAUUGGAACGCCUGGCGCUCGCGAACGUCCUUAAAAUGUUCCAUGUUUGCUUUUCGUUGUUUUAAAUGCAUGUCAAUAAAGGAGAUAUGGUUGUAACAAUGUUGUCACCUGUAGUUAGCAAGAGUAGUAAUCCUAGCAAGUGUAUGUGAUUUUGUGAGAAUGCUGUUGCUACCUCCCCCUCUCUUCUUCUGUUUCAUUAGGACAAAAUCCGAAGGGCACCCAACCUUGACAACAUGCCUUACACUGACUCAAAAUUCAGAUCAAAUGGUAUCGUCUUAGGGAUGUCCUGUAAAUUGACAUCCCGUGACAUGCGUGUCAGCGGUCAGGUCUUCCGUAGGUUACACUGAAAUGAAGAUGACGAUGAUGACUGCAAAGGAAAGUAAUUGCAUUUGUAUGUUUUUGGGGUACAAAUGUAUUUCUUUGAAAUGUAUUUACACAUGUAACAAAAUUAUACUUGAAUACAUACUGUAAGACAUGAGUUGAGAGAUUCUUCUGCGAUAAAGCCACCUCAGUGCUCUAUUUUACUAGCCAUCACUAGGGCCUGGGAUGCUGAAGUCUCUUUGAAUGGAUAGUGUCAGGGUCCCCUGGCACCCAGCUUGGUUACAGCUUGUGACCAGGGGGCCUAUUCCAAAGAAAUGCUCAGCCAAGGAAUGUCCCAUCGGCCAUAUAGGCAGGGUCAAUGUACUGGAAUGUCAUCUGUGGUAGAUACACUGCAGCAGGACACUAUGGUUUGAUAUUUAACAUGAGAAUGUUCACACAAAAAAGGGGUUUGGUCAAAUCCCUAGGUAUUUCCUUAGCCCAUAGCUAAAAACAUAUUUUUCUAGGGCACUGAAAUGUCUUCCGAAAAAGUGUGUUCAAUGUCAAUAGGGCGGUUUGUUUUUGGACCUAAUACCAAAUGUCCCCCCCGAAACCCCUGUGCUUCCUCUUGCCCAUUGGUCCUUCCUCUUUCCACAGUGAUCCCUUGUGAUAAGUGGUGCAUAAACGUGUAGAUGUUGUUCUGUAAAACCAAAUAGAAGUUUUGUACAGAAAGUGACUUAUGAUUCAUUGGUUCCCCCCGCUACUAGCUGUGCUUGUUUAUAUUUUGUCUUUCAAUGAAUAUUUGUGGAUUUCGACUGAUGAUUUUGGGCGUUUCUCUCAUUACAUUUUUGGGGUAUUGAGCAAAUUUUUAACACUGGAAUUCACAGUCAUUUCUUAUGCAUUCAUCAUAAUUCUUGUCAAACUUUUUUAACUUCAGUUUCUCUUGUAUUCAGGAUUACAUGCCAACGUUUGUGAAUGUUUAUUACACUUCUUAUCAUAGAGCUCAACGUGAAUUGUAACUCAGUAAACUGUUUAUAGAAUUGAUCACAUUAACCUCAUUUGAUAACUGCUACUAAUCUGAGAAAUUGACUUGUCUUGUUGGCACAUUAUUGGCAUGCAUUGCUAUUGUUUUACUCAAAUAUCGGCCUUCUUGUAACAUAGUGGUAUUCAUUCCAUCAUAUAACUGUUUAAAAAUUUAUUAUCCUUAUCUGAAUUUUUCCUAGAUGUGUGUUGACACUAUAGAUGUUUCUUUUAAAUGUUUGCAUUCAUUUUGAUUGAUAUAUUUGAAUGUAUGUUUACAAUUUGUCUGCCUUCUUUGGUAAAGUGGUUUUCCUGUAUUUUUUUAUUUGGAAAGGUUUUAUCUUAUCUGCACUAUGAAUUUCGGUGAAAUUGAUUGUCAAUAUUGAUGCCUGCCAGAUGUAUAAAAACAAGAAAUCUAUGUAUCUACAAUAGACAAAUAUGUAAGAUCAAAAAGAGAUAUUAGUUAUAUUGUAAAUCAUGAUGGAGAUUUAAAAAAAUAUAGAAAAUUAUAUUUAAUGUUGCAAUGUACUGUAGCUGACUAAUUGUGUGAAAAUGACUGUGCUAUCAACAUGCGCAUAUAUUCAAUAAAGUUGAAGCCCAAUAGUAUAACAAUGAUCAAC